CCGGGAAAAGCGCAUUCCAUCUGGGAGGGGGAGAGGGAAAUUGCAGUCCCCGGUCCGCUUGGACGAGCCCCAGACCUUGCAGAGCAACCGCAGACCCCUGUCGCCUCCGGCAGGCUCGCAGCUCCUCCGCCCUCGCCUGCCCGCCCCCCAUAACCACCCUGCGAUCUUCAUGAGCGGCUGAGAAGUUCCCGCAGCGCCUUCCCGCGACCUCCGGCCUCCCCGUCCCGUCCCGUCCCGUCCCGCGCCGCCCGGGACGCGGCUGCCUCCUCCGGCCCCCAGCAGCACCUGCUAACGCGCAGACCGGUGGCCCUGGGCGGCAUCGGCGGCGGAGCCCCGCUGACCCUGCCGCGUCCUCCCCUCGGGCUGGGCUGCCGCCCCUGCUGGGUCACCCUCAGCCCCCUCCCGAGACGAGCGCCGCGGAGACCGCGGGAGGCUCGAAGGCAGGGCAAACCGGUCCUUGCAGCAUCGGGAGAGGAGGAGGAGGAGGAGGAGGGGGAAGCGGGGCAGCAGAGAGAGCCCUUUCUCCGGCGAGCUCCGACGCCCCCGGGCGCCUCCCCACCCCAGCCGGCGCGGCCGCACCCGUCGCAGCUUGUCCGGUGCCCGAGAGGGCGUCCUGGGCUGGGCACCCUCGGCUGCGAAAGGACCCGCCUCGUCGCCGCGGAACAUGACGGCCACGCUGAGGAUUCCCGUGGCCGUUUGCCUAAUGCUGGGGCUUCAAGCUCUUGCAAAACAAGAAAGGCUUAUGAAACCUGAACUGAACAUCAACCGUGACUAUGUUAUAGUUGAAGCUGGAGAUUCGUUCAGCAUAACUUGCAGGGGCUCCCUUGGCUUGAAGUGGCUAGCUGGAAAUGGCCAGAACACCAACAGCAAGCGGUGGCACGUUCACAAGCAAAAUUGCUCGGACAAGUCAUGGCAUUCCUGCAGCACUCUCGGAGUCAACCGAGCUGUCGCCAGUGACACAGGCUAUUUCACCUGCUAUUAUGGCCACCUCCCCUUCGCUGAGGAACUGAAAGCCAAGUUAUAUGUCUUCGUUAAAGAUCAGUCAGAGCCUUUUGUGCAGCCCCACACAAAUUAUCCAGAUUUCAUCUAUGUGCAGAAUAUUACAGGGGUGAUCAAUGUGCCAUGUCGUGUCACCUCCCCAGAGAUCAAGCCAGAACUGCUGAUGCAUCUUUCCCCCAGUUCUUUCACCUAUGAGAAGAAGGAAUGGGACCCAAAGAAAGGAUUCCUUAUCACUUCACCCUCCUUUGAGUUCUUUAGUAGCAUGCUCAAAUGCAUUGCUACAGUCAACGGGAAGGAACAUGCCACUUACUACCUACCACAGAAAGUGGUGAACAGGGUUUGGAACCUGACUGUGAAAGCAGCUCCCAAAAAACUUCUGGUUGGAGAAACCCUCAACUUGAAAUGCAAAGCAGAGACUUACGUAAAUGGACGGAUAGCACUUAUAUGGAAAUUUCCAGGAAAGAGAGAACCAAGGCCAAUAAAGAAUAUUGUCCGGGGAACCACCUUUGUCAAAGUCUCUAGUAAUGUAACUAUCAUGAAUGUUACAAUGGAGGAUAAAGGGCAUUAUAUAUGCGAAGCAAUCAAUACAUCCGAAGGAGUCAUGGAAGUCAAUACUACAGUCAUAAUAUACAAACAAGCUUUCAUUAAUUUUGCCAAAAAGAAACAACAACUGUAUUAUGAGGCCCAUGAAGGGCAAAAAGUACUGAAGCUGGUUUGGAAGGCUGAUGCUUUUCCUCCUCCUGAUGUGACUUGGUACAAAGAUGGCAACCUGACCAAAGCGAGUGACUGCUAUGAAUUAGACCCUGUGAGGUACAGGAUAAUCAUCAGGGAUGUGAGACCGAAGCAUGCUGGGAACUUUACCCUACAUUUGAAGAACACGAAGUAUGGCCUCUAUAAAAACCUCACCAUCCAACUUGUUGUCCUUGAGAGACCCCACAUUUAUGAAAAGGAGACUGACUUUACCAGUACUGAGCUGGUCACCAAAGGAAGAGAGUAUAGCCUUCACUGCACAGCAAGUGGAUGGCCUCUUCCUUCCAUACACUGGGAGUGGGAGCCAUGUAACCAUGCAGAUAACCAAUGCAACCAACGUGGGGAAAAAAUCAAGGUGCAGGAAAACGUCAGCCAUGAAACUCCAUAUUUAGCCAACAGGAUCAAGGACAUCAAAAAUAUGCAGUUAACACAUGGCAAUAUGUUAAAGGUCUUAAGCACUCUGAUCACAACAGCAAGCAAUGUUUCGGGAAUCUAUUACUGUGUGGCUUCCAACAAGGUGGGCAUUGAAGAAAGGAGCAUCAGGUUCUAUAUCACAGACAUGCAAUCCAGUCUGGAGGCAGAUCCACAAAUGACAGCUAUUGUGACCAGCCGUGUGCAGAUGACCUGCAAGUGCUCCAAGUACCUUUAUGAUCACCUCACCUGGUAUGACCCCAACUUGCAGGAAGUCCCAAAAGCUCUCACCCAGGAGAAAGUGGACAACUAUUCCAUCUCCUUAGUGCUGGACAUUCAUAAUGUCUCACAGGCUCAUGCAGGGCUCUACAGGUGCCGAGCUUCAAGCUACCGGAACAUCACCAAGCAGCUGGAGAAAAGUACUUUGCUGAGCAUCAAAUUUAAGACGGUGCCUUACAUUAUGGAGAACUUUACCGACUUGGAGGUUAAUGUGAGUGGGACCAUUGUUUUGGAGUGCAAAGUCAACGGGACCCCCAAACCUGCUAUUGCUUGGCUGAAAAAUGGGCACCGCAUUGCCCCUGCUUCCGGAAUUUCCAUGGAAAACAACACUUUGGUGAUUGAACGAGUGAAAAAGGAUGAUGAGGGUCAUUAUGAAUGCCAAGCUAUCAACGAGAUGGGUCAAGACAGUACCCGGGCGUUUAUUAAAAUAGAAGGCUCUGAAGAAAAGUCCAACAUAGAAGUGAUCAUCUUGGUUUGCACUGGUUUAGCAGCCACUCUCUUUUGGCUCCUUCUGACCCUCUUCAUACGGAAACUCAGAAAACCGGAUGCCACAGAUAUUAAAACCGGAUAUUUGUCCAUCAUAAUGGAUCCAGAGGAGAUGCCCCUCGAUGAGCAGUGUGAACGUCUUCCUUACGACAGCAACAAAUGGGAAUUCCCAAGGGACAGACUGCGGCUGGGUAAAACUCUGGGUCAUGGUGCUUUUGGGAAAGUGGUGGAAGCAUCUGCUUUUGGCAUAGAUAAAUCUUCAACCUGCAAAACAGUGGCUGUUAAAAUGCUUAAAGAGUGUGCAACGACCAAUGAAUGCAAGGCUCUGAUGUCGGAACUGAAGAUCCUGAUCCAUAUUGGACACCAUCUAAAUGUGGUCAACCUAUUGGGGGCGUGUACCAAGCCGGGAGGUCCUUUGAUGGUCAUAGUAGAAUAUUGCAAGUAUGGAAAUCUGUCUAAUUAUCUGCGAGGAAAACGAGGUGAUUUCAUUGUAUGCAAGCCACCAGAAAAUUCAGAUUGCUCAGAGAAAGGAUUGAAGGAGUCUAUCAGUGACUUAACAGAGCUGAUUAAGCGGCGUCUUGAAAGUGUGGCCAGCACUGGUAGUUCUGCCAGCUCUGGGUUCAUUGAAGACAAAAGCUACACAGAUUCAGAAGAAGAAGAAGAAGAUACUGAAGAUCUUUAUAAGCGACCUCUGACCUUGGAGGACCUGAUUUGCUACAGCUUCCAGGUGGCUAAAGGCAUGGAGUUUCUGGCCUCAAGAAAAUGCAUACAUAGAGACCUGGCAGCCAGGAACAUUCUUCUUUCUCAAAACAACGUGGUGAAGAUUUGCGAUUUUGGAUUGGCCAGAGAUAUAUACAAAGAUCCUGAUUAUGUGCGGAAAGGCGAUGCCAGGCUUCCCCUGAAAUGGAUGGCUCCAGAAGCAAUUUUUGACAAAAUUUACACAACUCAGAGUGAUGUCUGGUCUUUCGGUGUGUUGCUGUGGGAAAUAUUUUCCCUAGGGGCUUCUCCAUAUCCGGGGGUCCAUAUUGAUGAGGACUUUUGCCGACGUCUCAAAGAAGGAACACGGAUGAGGUCUCCAGAAUAUUCCACUCCAGAAAUCUACCAGACCAUGCUGGAUUGCUGGCACAGUGUCCCAACAGAGAGGCCCACUUUUACUAACCUUGUGGAACGUUUAGGGGAUCUACUCCAAGCAAAUGUGCAGCAGGAUGGGAAAGACUAUAUCCCACUGAACAUUACCCUGUGUCCUGAUGGAGAGUCCAUCCCCAAGAUCUGCCUCUUGGAGGAGAAUGUGAGCAACUUCAUUCAUCGCUGGAGUGCUGUGGAAGCAAGCAUUAACUCCAAGAACCGCCCACUCAGUGUAAAGACAUUUGAUGAGGUGCCUGUAGGGAAAGAGAAGAUGAUCCAUGAG